ACCCGCGAAGGGAAGGAAUCGAUGCCCGGUCCUAACUCUGUUCCCCGUCGUGGAAGAGGAUAGAGGGCGACAGAGGGAUAAGAGUUUAUUCGCCCCCCUCUUUUCUUGUUUCCAAUUCCGAAGAAGUCUCCAAUGGAGACCGUGAAGAAUCUCUUGAAGCCGAAGCUCAAUCCACAGCAGCAACUCAGGGAAUGGCAGCGCCGCCUCCGCCAGGAGUGCCGCAACAUGGAACGCCAGAUCCGAGAUGUGCAAAGGGAGGAGAAGAAUGUUCAGAAGGCGAUCAAGGAAGCGGCUAAGAGGAAUGACAUGGUUUCGGCUAAGGCUCUUGCUAAGGAAAUUGUGAGAUCAAGGCGAGCAGUGAACCGUCUUUAUGAAAAUAAGGCACAACUUAAUUCAAUCUCAAUGCACCUUGGCGAAAUUGUUGCAACUGCUAGAACUGUAGGCCAUCUGUCCAAGAGUGCUGAGGUUAUGAAGCUUGUCAAUAAUCUUAUGAAAGCUCCUGAAGUGGCUUCUACAAUGCAAGAAUUUAGCAAGGAGAUGACCAAGGCUGGGGUGAUUGAAGAAAUGGUGAAUGAUGCUGUUGAUUCAGCGUUGGAUUCAGAGGAUAUAGAGGAGGAGACAGAAGAGGAAGUUGACAAAGUGCUUGCUGCAAUAGCAGGUGAGAUGGCCUCACAGCUCCCAGAUGCUGUUAGGAAGGAGAGAAUAAAGCAACCUUCAGCAAGUGAGCCUGUUGAACAGAAAGAAGCUGUUGCAGAGGGUAUUGAUGAUGAAGGAGAAUUAGAAGAGAUGAGAGCACGACUCGCCAGAGUGAGAUCUUGAUCAUCUCUUUUGAAUCAGAAAUAAUCUGUUUAUAUGUGAUAAUGUAUGCUGUAGGCAUGGUCCUUCAAGAAGAUUUGAAUGCUUGGAGGAUGGAACCAUAUUUACACCUCCGGUACCUGUUUGUCAUAUAUUUCUCACAUAGAGGCCAUUCUUAUUCUCUGAGCAAUGUCUACUGGGAUGGUGGGAAAUGGAACCACGUAUGUCCAA